AUGGCUUCGGAACCAAAGCCCCCGACCACUGAGCGCGUUUCAAACAUCACCGGUCAAUUUCAGAACCAUCAAUCAUCGUCAUCAUCAGGGAGGAGAAGGGUCGUCGGUACCAUCUCCAAUUGCAACACAGUAGAGCCAUCGGACCACCACAGGGAUCGGGGCCUCUUGCUUCCUCGAUUCGUUGCCGCCCGUCGACCACCUCUGCUCCGAUCUCCCUUACACUCGGUGUCGCCAACUAAAUCGAGCUUCGUAUCUCCUCCUCAGGUCACGAACUCCGACAUCGAGACCAUUCGUUACCCACCUUCUUCCAGAUACGACCUUUCACCUUCGAGUUCAUCAAGAAGCGCAUAG